AUGUCUCAAUUUCACGACUUUGGAAACCUUCCUCCCGAGCUACGGCACGCAAUCUGGAUACUAGCACGGGAAAGCCGGCGGAUCCCCGUUUGUGCGCUGCAGCUGCGGCCGGAGCAGUCCAUCCUACGGCCGCCGCUGAUAGCCCCCGCGCCUGUGCUCCUACACGCCUGCCGCGAGUCGCGGCAUCUGAUGGCGACUACGUCGUACCAAAAGGCCUUUUACGACGCUUCGCCCCCUGUGUGGCCAUCGGCCGUGACGGGCAUCACCACCGCCGCCACCACGCCGCCAUACACGUGGGUCGACUACAGCAUCGACGUCUUCUGCAUGACGGAGCGGCAGCUCCCGGUGCUGGCGCUCGGCCCGCGCCGCCACCUGGUGCGCCAGAUUGAAGUGGUGUGCGAUUUGAGCGACGGGCUCUACUACUCGGCGCGGCGGCGGCACUGCUUCCGGAACGGGGCCGCGCUGUUUGAGCUCUCGGGCCUGCGUACGGCGCUGCUGGUCCACGAGGCGGCGCUCGAGGCGCACCCGAUCGAACGCUGGCCGGUUGUGGCGUUGAGCAUCAUGCUGGACUGCUACUCAACCUGCCGGCCCGUCGGCUUCUGCGUCUGCAUCCUCCACCCCCUGAGCCCUGGUCUUGGCAUGCUGACGCCGCGCAACUAUCUCCGCCAGCUGGUCAAUACGCGGCCGGUCGAGAUUUCGGACUUGGCCGGACUGGACGUGUACACGCUCCCAGAGGCUGUGGUCUGGGCGGCCUGGGAUGACAGGGACGGGGCCGGGUGGAAGCAUGUCGGUUGCGAGUGUGAGAAUGUCAAGCACGAGGCGCAGCGGUCCUAG